CCAGAGAAAAAAAACAGAAAUGGCGCUGAAGCCAUUGUCUUCCAUAUUCCCAAAUUCAACAAAUCCACCAUUAACACCUGCAAAACCCCAUCAUCAAAACAUAGGGCUAUCAAGAAGAGAUUUCAUCAAUGUUGGUCUUUCUGUAAUGCCACUGCUCAUAUCCCCUACUCCGUCUUCCAUUGCUCGAGAAGUUGAAGUUGGUUCUUUCUUGCCUCCAUCUCCUACUGAUCCUAAUUUUGUUCUCUUUAAAGCCACUCCGAAAGACACUCCUGCUCUUCGUGCCGGAAAUGUGCAGCCUUACACAUUUAUUCUUCCUCCAACCUGGAAACAACUUCGUAUAGCUAAUAUAUUAUCUGGAAAUUAUUGCCAACCCAAGUGUGCAGAGCCGUGGGUGGAGGUGAAGUUUGAAGAUGAAAAACAGGGUAAAGUUCAAGUGGUGGCUUCUCCUUUGAUCCGUCUCACUAACAAACCUAAUGCAACUAUUGAAGACAUUGGGACCCCUGAGAAAGUCAUUGCUUCUCUUGGCCCUUUUGUCACAGGAAACACUCUCGAUCCAGAUGAACUCCUUGAGACUUCUAUAGAGAAACGUGGUGAUCUAACGUAUUACAAGUACGUUCUUGAAACUCCAUAUGCUCUUACUGGAUCGCACAACCUAGCAAAGGCAACAGCUAAGGGAAAUACAGUUGUCCUCUGUGUGGUCAGUGCCAAUGACAAGCAGUGGGCAUCAUCACAGAAAACUCUACAGGCUAUUCUUGAUUCCUUUGAAGUGUAGUUCCUUCCCCUCUUGUCUUAAUUUAGAUGAACCGUCUUCAUUUUCACUGUGUGUUCCCUUACAUAGAGCGUCAUAGGAUGAAUGCCCUGAAAUGAUUUUUGUAACGCAAUAAACAAGAAUUGCUUCUGUCGAAUCCAGAUUAUAUUGUUGUUUUUAUUGUAUCCCCUUUUCAAUUGUAUCAUAUCAAGACGUAUUCCAUCCC